AUGGCCGGGAGGGGCGCGAGUGGCCUAGUCCACAAGACUGGCCUCUGGAGCUCGCGCCUCUCGUCAUCCAUUGAGCACUUUAGUGCGAAUAUCCAGACCUGUCUGUGUCUCCUGUGUACCCUCUCUCGCACAGAGAUGUGGACGAGUGAAGAAAUCGCAGACAACAUGCCGCCCGGCUCCGACCCCUCGCCCGAGGGCGGUUCGGAGCUGGAGCGGCUCGAGACUCUCACAGAGACGCUUCGCGGCAAGCUGGCCGCGGCGAUGGCCAGAAAGGCGGACGGCGCCGCCGGCGGGAGCGACGCGGCCGAGCUGGUCGCCGGCUCGGGGCUGGCGUUGCUCGAGCUCAAGCAGCUCAACCGUCGUGUGUGGGAGCUGGUGGGGGAGUAUAAGGAGGGCACGCAGCGGGCCAACGCUGGGGUCGACGCCGCCGAGCUCAAGCUUCAGAAUCUGCAGUACGAGAAGAACCACUUUCUGCGAGAGAUCACGCACCUGCGCGACUUUCGGCAGGACGCGGGCCCGCGGAUCGAGCUGCUGCCCGAGAGCGAAUUCGCGGCGGCGGCGCCGGAGGAGCUGCGCGGCACGUCCAAGGCGGCCGACCCGCACCAGUUCCACCUCAACCGCCUCGAGCUCGAGCGGAGGCAGCGCGAGUCGCUUUGCGGCGAGCGGGACGCGAGGGCGGCGGAGCGCACGGCGGCGGCGGAGCGGAAUGCGGAGAAGCGGGCCUUCCUGGAGGGGCUGCAGGCGCAGCUGGCGUCGCUCACCACCCUCUCGCUCCCGCUGCAGCGCCUCCUCGAGCAGAAACACACCCAGCGCUGGAACGAGCGCCGCACAUUGCACCUGCUCGCGCCUCCGCUGCGCGCGCUGUAC